UGUUAAAAAACAGAUAAAAGAACUUUUAUCAGUAGAUUAAAUUUACAAGUGAUGUAGAUGCUGUUAUAUUUCUCGCAUCAAAUAACCACACCCUUCAGUUGAGCGAAAGUAGACCUGUAUUGAAGUGUUUGUGGCAAAUUAAUUCAUUUGUUAGCAUGUUGACCAUUGAUCGUAAUAAGGUAAUAAGGUGCACGAUCGUGCAAAGAUUUUAGGAAAAGGUAAUAUACGGUUAUUGUUUAUGAAGACGUAUGGGGAGGAAUUCAAGUAGCAGUCAAACGAAUUCCUACAGACCGCAAAAAAUAGAAUCAGCUGCUUACUGAGACAAAAUAAAAUUUAAAUUAUAUCUCAUCAUCAAGAAUGAUGACGGAAUGGCUGAAUGAAGGUACCGAGUAAAUGGAUUUCAAAAUAGUCAAAUAUAAUAAAGGGGGCUACAAAACAACCUAUGUAUCCCAUUGCUACGUGCUUAUCAAGUUUAUUUAAAAAAAAAAAACAGAUAAAAGAAAUUUUAUCACUAGAUUUCAUGUAACAGCGCUGUAGAUACUGUUAUAUAUUUCUCGCAUCAAAUACCACACCCUUGAGUUGAGCGAAAGCAGACCUUUAUUCAAGUGUUUUUUGCAAGUUAAUUUGUUAGCAUGCUGACCUUGGAUCGUAAUAAGGUUUUAGGGGUAGGAGGUUGUGCCACUGUUUUCGAAGGUACUUUGGAUGGAGUGAAAGUUGCAGUCAAACGAAUUCCUUUAGAAAAAGCCGCCAGUAAUGAACAAGAAGUCAAUGCUCUUAAAAUGUUGGAUCACACCAACGUCAUCAAAUUAUUUCACGUGCAGGAGGACCAAGACUUCAAAAAGAUCGCCCUUGAACUGUGUGAUGCCUCUUUGGAAAAACUAUUUCUCAAAGAAAAUGACCCGAAAAAAUACCACGGCCCAAUGCCACCAGAAACAGAAGUUCUUCUCCAGUUGGCUAAAGGACUCGAGUACAUUCAUCAAAGGGGAUUAGUCCAUCGCGACAUUAAGCCGCAGAACGUGCUCAUCAAAUCGGAUUCUACAACCCAACAAGUGGUGGUGAAGUGGGCAGAUUUUGGAUUUAGUAAACGUGUCAACGAAAGGGGAACUUUCACCAUGAGCGGAGUGAAGGGAACAUACGAUUAUUUCGCACCGGAAAUAUUGAAAUUACUCGACGACGAGAGUUCUGCUGAAAACCAAGUUCAGAAAAGAGGGACCGUCAAGAGCGAUGUAUUUACAGAAGGCCUCGUCUUUGGCUACUUCAUUUCGGGAGGGGUUCAUCCAUUUGGCACCACAAGUCAUCAAAUUCAAAUGAACUUACGAACAAAUGAACCAGUCAAUCUUCCCAAAACGGGGAAAUUUUGUAACAUAAUCACAGAAAUGUUGGAAAAAGACCCAAAAAAUCGAAUUACUUCGUUAAAUGUCGUUAAUCGACUCACAUUCAUCCUGAAGAUGUUUACAUUACUAGCGGAAGAGAAUCCAAUCGUUGAAGAAAUCGAAAAACUGAUGCAAGAAGGUGCGGAUAUCAAUGCCAAAGAUGAAAAAGGAUUGACACCGCUGUUACGCUUAGCAAAAAGCGAAAAGAUAAGUGAUAAUUUAGUAGAAAUAAUAAGACUCUUGAUUCAAAACGGAGCCAACGUCAAUUCACGUGACAGCAACGGCGAAAAUGCUCUCCUGCUGUGGUGCGAAAAUUGUAAACAAUAUCAAAACAAAAGAUUUUUGGCAAUCAUCAAUCUCUUCGUUGCAAAUGGGAUCGAUAUCAACCACAAAAAUGAAUACGGAGAUAAUGCUCUCAUUUUAUUGUGCACAUGGUAUAAAAACGAAAAUUUAAUUGACAUUAUUCGACUUUUUAUUAAAAAUGGGAUCGAUAUCAAUUGCAAAGAAAAAUACGGAGAUAAUGCUCUCACUAUAUUGUGCAUGUUUGAUAAAAACAAAAAUUUAAUUGAAAUUAUUCGACUUUUCAUUGAAAAUCGGAUCGAUAUCAAUUGCAGAACCAAUUACGGAGAUAAUGCUCUUACCUUAUUGUGCAAAUAUUAUAAAAACGAUAAUCUAAUUGACAUUAUUCGACUUUUGAUUAAAAAUAGGAUCGAUAUCAACCACAAAAAUGAAUACGGAGAUAAUGCUCUCACUACAUUGUGCCAAUUUUACAAAAACGAAAAUUUAAUUGAAAUUAUUCGACUUUUCAUUGAAAAUCGGAUCGAUAUCAAUUGCAGAACCAAUUACGGAGAUAAUGCUCUCACUGAAUUGUGCUACUCUUACAAAAAGGAAAACUUAAUUGACAUCAUUCGAAUUUUAAUCGAAAAGGGAAUCGACAUCAAUUGCAAAAACGAAGACGGAGAUAAUGCUCUCACUACAUUGAGCAAAAAUUAUAAAAACGAAAAUUUAAUUGAUGUUAUAACAUUAUUAAUCAAAAGUGGAUUCAAAGUGACUGAAGAAAAACGUGACUUCUUAAAGAGAAAUUAUAAAGGAAAAAAUCGCACUCAAGUCUUGCAAUUACUUCAUGUUUAAACAACGUCCAGAUGAACCAGCAAAUUAUAACGAAUGACCGCCAGUUGAUUUAA